AUGAUCCCUAUCGUGGACUUUUCUUCAUGGAACAAACCGCAGGAUGAGUCAGACAAGUUACAUGUGGCGAAUCAACUUGUGGAGGCUUGCCAGGCAGUCGGAUUUGUCUAUAUCACCAACCACUCUCUGCAAGAGUCGGUAAUCGAUGGGGCGUUUGACUGGUCCAAGCGUCUCUUCCAGCUUCCGAGAGAAGACAAAAUGAAGGCUCCACAUCCAGAAGGCUGGGCUGUCCAUCGAGGAUACUCAUGGCCGGGGUUGGAGAAGGUUUCCCAAGUGAUGAGCACUGUGGAUGAUGAGCAAGCGCGAAGGAAGUUGAGGGAGGUACCUGAUGUCAAGGAAAUUUAUGAUAUCGGGAGCGAGCAUAAUACCGCCCAACCUAAUCAAUGGAUCCCUGAUGAAUGCCUCCCGGGAUUCCGCGAUUCUAUGACCAAGUUCUAUUGGGAAUGCCAGCGGGUUGGGGAUGAGAUCCUACGUGCUCUCGCCGUUGGAUUGAAUUUAGAAAAUGAAUCAUAUCUGGUAGAGAAACACUCAGGACAUAACAACCAGCUGCGACUGCUACAUUAUCUGCCAGUACCAGCCGCAGACUUGGAGCAAGAACGAACAGCCCGCUGUCCGGCACAUACGGACUGGAGCUCCAUGACAAUGCUUUUCCAAGAUGAUUGCGGCGGCCUCGAAGUCGAAGACGUUUCCCAGCCAGGCACGUUUAUCCCCGUGGCCCCUAUCAAAAACGCCAUCGUAAUGAACAUUGGGGAUUUACUUCAGAGGUGGAGCAACGACCGGCUGAGAUCAACUAACCAUCGAGUCCAAGCGCCUCCUCUCGCUGAUCGAUUCUCGGGCCCGUUUCGGAUGACUCGAGAGCGAUUCUCGAUUCCGUAUUUCAUGUCUCCCGACCCUGAAUCUGUCAUCGAAUGCAUACCUUCCUGCAUGGAUGAUAAAGAGGGGGCCAAGUACGAACCAAUUACGCAGGCUGAGUACAACGAAAUGCGGGCGUCCAUGAUGUACUAG